AUGUCCAUCAACAACGGAUUAAACAAUCAUGACAUAUCCUACAACAUUGAUAAAACUCGGGAUCUCGUGGCUGGAAAUUCACUGGUGGAGCCAUCAUGUCGCAUAAAAAUUUACUAUGCAGAUAAAUAUGACGACGACAAGGAGCUCGAAUACCGGCAUAUCAUGUUACCCAAGGACAUAGACAAACUUGUGCCUAAAACUCAUUUGAUGUCUGAAUCUGAAUGGAGGAAUCUUGAUGUUCAACAGAGUCAAGAAUGGGUACAUUAUAUGAUCCACGAACCAGAACCUCACAUCUUGCUGUUCCGGAGGCCACUACCCAACAAGCCAAAGAGAUGA